GAACAGGAGUAGAUUUCACCCACAACCUCUACAAUAGUACAUUAUUAUUGUGGGAACACUCUGUUUACACACACACACACACACACCACACAGAUGCAUGCAGAUAGAGUCAACUUAAUGUAAACACAUUUUCACAGACGCGAGGGAGGGAGCUAGAGAGAGAAAGGAAAGGAAGAGAGACCAGCAGCCCCCAGCCUCCUCUCUGCUCCUGCUAUAGUUGGGUGCAAGGCAGCACUGACAGAGCUUGCUUGUCGUCUCCGAGACAGGAAAGAGGGAGAGUGGCGUAAGCUGCACAUGCAUUGCAGUCAGUCCGCUGGUUUGAGUCCAGUUUAAGCUACUUACUCCACCCAGCACAGUUCAUAUCUCAGUCGCUGGGAGCUUCCGCCAAAACAGGUCUCCCUGUGUCCUCUAAAGCAGCGCAUGCAGCAGAGCAUGUUGUGACAGCCAUGUCUCUGGAGAUGGAGAAGACCAUCACCAAGCUGAUGUAUGACUUCCAGAGGAACUCUACAUCUGAUGAUGACUCUGGAUGUGCUCUGGAGGAAUAUGCCUGGGUUCCCCCCGGCCUGAGUCCAGAGCAGGUGCAUCAGUAUUACAACUCCUUACCUGAAGAGAAGGUCCCAUACAUGAACAGCGCUGGUGAGAAAUAUCGAAUCAAACAACUGCUUCAUCAGCUGCCACCACAUGACAAUGAGGUGCGUUAUUGUAACUCCUUGGAUGAGGAGGAGAAAAGAGAGCUGAAGUUGUUCAGCAACCAACGCAAGAAAGACAACUUGGGCAGAGGCAACGUCCGUCCUUUCCCACUGACCGUCAAUGGGGCCGUCUGUGAUAAGUGUGGCGGCCAGAUAAACGGAGGGGACAUUGUGGUGUUUGCGGCCAAGGCGGUUCAUGGAAAAUGGUGGCACCCAAAUUGCUUUGUGUGCUGCAUGUGCGAGGAAAUGUUGGUGGAUCUGAUUUACUUCUACCAGGAUGGCAAGCUCUACUGUGGCCGGCACCAUGCAGAGAGACUGAAACCCCGCUGCUGUGCAUGUGAUGAGAUCAUCUUUGCUGAUGAGUGCACGGAGGCGGAGGGCAGACACUGGCACAUGAAGCACUUCUGUUGCUACGAGUGCGAGACCACCCUCGGUGGCCAGCGCUACAUCAUGAAGGACGGACGUCCACAUUGUUGCAACUGCUUUGAGUCCCUUUAUGCAGAGUACUGUGAUGCAUGCGGAGAACAUAUAGGUAUCGACCAAGGUCAGAUGACGUAUGAUGGACAGCACUGGCACGCAACUGAAGAAUGUUUUUGUUGUGCCCAUUGCAAACGUUCUCUGCUUGGCCGUCCCUUCCUACCAAAGCAGGGACAGAUCUUCUGCUCACGCUCCUGCAGCGCUGGACAGGAUCCAGAUGAGUCAGAUUCCUCAGACUCAGCUUUCCAGAGUGCCCGCUCCCGUGAGUCCCGCCACAGCACUAAGAUUGGUAAAAAGGAGCGCAGGAGCACCGAGCAGGAACGAAAGAGUGCAGAAGCCCGCCAGUCCACUGCUCCCCCCAAGCCUGACCGUCUGUCGGCUGAAAUUGAUCCCCUGUCAGUUCAGAUGGACCGUUUAAGCGUAUCAGCCAGCCAGACCCCAAGCAGGACACCGAACCGCACCCCCAGCCGUACUCCCAGUCGCACACCAAGUCGCGCUCCAAGUCUAAACCAGGUGUGGAUGAGUCGAGAUGACCCUUACGUCCCUGCUGCUUUUGAGGGCCCCCAGCGGGAAUCCUCUCCCACCCCUCCAUCCAUUCAUCUUUUGGGUCAGUGUAAUGCCAGACAGAGCUACAAUCCCAACGGAAAUGUUCAUCCUUCAGCCCAAAGUCCUGCCAACCCAGGAAAGAGGCCUGAUUCGUGGGGAAAAGAACAAGGCAAUGUUAAGAGGACACCGAUGGCUGCCCUAAGGGGUCACUCCUUCAACGAAAACUGGAUGCACCAUAGCCAGGAUGAGUUCAGGCCCAACAAGUUACGUACCCAGAUGAGCUUCAAUGAGAUGUCAAGUAAGAACCAAGGAUUCUCUGACAAGAGGAGCAUUAGUAUGCAUGGAUUUCAGAGAGACAGGAGGCCUCCUCUCACCAGGAGAAACCCCAUCAAUGCCAUGAGCUUCAACGAGCCGCUGACUCCACUAGAGCAGACACCUCGUGGCUCUAUGGACUCUCUCACCGUGUCAAAUGCUAUGGCAGGCAAUUCCCUGGAUGGGGUCAGCAAGCGUCAGGAGCAUUUGUCCAGGUUCUCCAUGCCUGACUUGAGCAAGGAUUCAGGUGUAAAUGUGUCUGAAAAGAGCAACAUGGGAACACUCAGUUCUUCAGUCCAGUUCCAUAGCACAGAGUCUCUGUCCUCUUCUCGUCCCUUUAACAACAACAUGUACACCCCACACAGAGUGGGCUAUCCACUGCAGUACUGGGAUGGCCCGCAGCCACUGAGCUUUGAUGGCAAAGCUCGUGCUGGUGUGAUGGGCAGCAGUGGGAACUUGCGGAUGGCUCCCAUGAGUGAUAGAAUGCCCCGUCGGCAGGAACUUGUUUCCCAGAAACAACAGCCUCAACCGAGACAUCGCAAACACCAUCGUGGAAAUGGGCAACAUCGCAGCACCCGCCACCACAAACGCUCCCGUCGUUCUCGCUCCGAUAACGCCCUGCAUCUGGUUGCUGACCGCCCUACCCAAAUGGUGGAGCUGCCGUUCCAUCGUGUCCAAGAGGAUUACGAUCGCUUCCCCUCUGGUCAAGCUGCCAGGGAGUUGUUUGGUCAGGAUCCAGGCGGACACCGACAGCAACCCCACCGGCCUUGUCCUCGCACCACAUCUGAUCUCACCCUACAAAAUGCUGGCUGGCAGCCUGCUGGGGUGGGUGGGCCAUGUUGGGGUGAUGGGUACAUGGAAGCGGCCGACCCAUGGUGCUCCAGCUGUUCCUCUUCUUCUGAGUCGGAGGAAAAUGAGGGUUACUUCAUGGGUGAACCUAUCCCUCGACCUGUGCAGCUGUGCUACAUCAACAACGAGGAGCUACGUCAUCGCUACAGCCCCUCAGGAAUGGCUGGACAUCCUGGACCUCUGCACAGACCCAUUCAUGGCCAGCUGCACGCUCGCCAGAGGAGGAAGAGCAAGAACUGCAUAAUUUCAUAAAUAUAGAAAUAAAUAAUGGUGGGGGUGGGUAGGAGAGUGAAGGAGAGCCAGGUAAGGAGAUAACAUAAGCAUAAGAGAGGAGAAGCAAAGAGAGUGGGCAGUAGAGUGUGUGAUAGUGUCAGAUAAUAGUGUGUGUUGGGGUGGACCAAAAGAGACAUUGGGCCUAUUUUUCAUGCUGUGAGGUUACACUACUCGGGUUGUGUUUGUGUACACCUACACACAAUGAUCUGACUACAUGAGGAAGAAGCUGGGUUGUCUUACACAAUAGAAAACAAAAGCAAUGUUUACAAAGAUGGACACCAACCUGCUGAUGGUACACAGAAAAGCACUGCUGAAAGUGACACAACUAAAAAUUCAUGUGGUCGAGGUAAAUACCAAGAUGUUAGUGCAUGUCCGUGUGUGUGUCCAUGUUCCAGGGAUAUUGAACGAUUCCGUCCAAAAAGGAGCUCCAGUGGUGUCAGAGGCCUACGGCUUUGACAUCACACGUAUCAGUGCGGACAGUCCGGAAGUUGUCGGGAUAGAGAAAGCUACGUGCUAGAUUCCAAGCUGUAUCGCUGUUUUACCUCAGUGGAAUCCAAAUGCUGCUGGAAUAUAGUGUUGGCUUGCUAGCCCUGUUGGCACCUUGUACAAAUAGUCUGUUGAACCUUGUGCUUUACAUAGCCAACUUCUCAUGCUUUACCAAGGACAGAGAGUAGGAGCCUCUGCUCCUUGACCAUUCAGGCACAGUAAUGUUAGGUAUAGUCCCGUUUUCUCUUCUGCAACAUGCUUUGUUUUUUGAUGACAUCUUAAUAGACACAUAUGAGUAUAAUCCUAUCAAUAGAGAAUUAAUAACGCAAUAAUGCAAAUAAUAAUCAUAUUGAAAUAUAAAGAUAAUAUCUAUUAAAAGUAUAUAUAGUAAUACACAUAUUAAAGCAAUGGAUUUAGUAGUAUGCAAAUGUCAUGUACAUAUGGUCUUAAAUAUCUAUAUAUUUUGUAACUAAAGAAUCAUUAUUUGUAAAAUACAUGUAGAGAUAGGGAUUCUUGCAUGUCAUUUGUUGUUGUCACAUAAUUAAAAAAUAAAAUGUACUUAUAUGAACAACCAGUAACUGAAUGUGUGUUAGUCAUGACUCACCUCGGACCAUCAAUGAAAAUCAAUAAGGUUCUCUGACAUAUAUCAAUGUGAAAUGUGUAUUGAUUUGACCUUUGGCUAAAUCAUCUUGUCAUCAGUUACAAUCAAAAGUGAUCUUGCUGCUUUAAUUUCGAGAAGUAAUCAUUAAAAUGUGUAACUUUUCCCUCUCUUUUUAAGUAGGUCAUUUGUUAAAGGCCUACUGAAAUGAAAUUUUUUUAUUUAAAUGGGAAUAGCAGAUCCAUUCUAUGUGUCAUACUUGAUCAUUUCGCGAUAUUGCCAUAUUUUUGCUGAAAGGAUUUAGUAGAGAAAAUCGACGAUAAAGUUCGCAACUUUUGCUCGCUGAUAAAAAAAGCCUUGCCGUACCGGAAGUAGCGUGACGUCACAAGCGGUAGUGCUGCUCACAAUUCCCCGUUGUUUACAAUGGAGCGAGAGAGAUUCGGACCGAGAAAGUGACGAUUACCCCAUUAAUUUGAGCGAGGAUGAAAGAUUCGUAGAUGAGGAACAUUACAGUGAAGGACUUGAGAGGCAGUGAUGGACGUAUCUUUUUUCGCUCCGACCGUAACUUAGGUACAAGCAGGCUCAUUGGAUUCCACACUCUCUCCUUUUUCUAUUGUGUAUCACAGAUUUGUAUUUUAAACCACCUCAGAUACUAUAUCCUCUUGAAAAUGAGAGUCGAAAACGCGAAAUGGUCAGUCACAGUGACUGAACAUGUAAAUACACGAUUAAUAAUAUUCCGCUUGGCGAAGCUAAAAAAACAGAAGCUAACCUAGCUGCGUAGCCAACGCGAUAGCGUCAGUCUCAAAUGCAGAUAGAAACUAAAUUAAAAAAAACCCUGACUGGAUGGAUAGACAGAAGAUCAAUAAUACUAUUAAACCAUGAACAUGUAAAUACACGAUUAAUAAUAUUCCGCUUGGCGAAGCUAAAAAAACAGAAGCUAACCUAGCUGCGUAGCCAACGCGAUAGCAUAGCAGUCUCAAAUGCAGAUAAAAACUAAAUUUAAAAAAAACCUGACUGGAUGGAUAGACAGAAGAUAAAUAAUACUAUUAAACCAUGAACAUGUAAAUACACGAUUAAUAAUAUUCCGCUUGGCGAAGGUAAAAAAACAGAAGCUAACCUAGCUGCGUAGCUAACUUAGAUGCGGCGGCGGGCGUUGUACGCUUUUGACGACACCCCGGCCGCCAUCAGAGUCGGCAAGAAACAUAUAUUUCCCCAAAGUUACGUACGUCACAUGCACAUAUCGACACGCACGUACGGGCAAGCGAUCAAAUGUUUGGAAGUCAAAGCUAGACUCACCGUAGUGCGUCUGUUAUCCUGCUCAAAACACAACACAACCUCCUGGUGUUGGUGUUGCUGUAGUCCGCCGCUCCACUGAUCGCACCUACAACUUUCUUAUUUGCAGUCUCCAUUGUCCAUUAAACAAAUUGCUCAAUCGCUUUAUUAACAAGCGGUAACUGGUUGUAGUUCAAAAAGUAACGCACACACAUACACGAGCUGCUGUUAGCCAAAAGUCACGCUCACACACACUCAAGUUCUCCGCCAACUCACUCGCGCAUGCACGUUCCCCAAACCCUUAAAGACACAGUACACUAAUGCAAAUAUCACAGAUAUUACAGUAUUGUACUUAGCCGCUAAGACACCGAUCGAUCCCUCCUACAACGUUCUUCUUUGCAGUCUCCAUUGUUCAUUAAACAAAUUGCAAAAGAUUCACCAACACAGAUGUCCAGAAUACUGUGGAAUUUUGUGGAAGAAAACAAGAGGCUUUUCUAUCGAGUCCGAUGGGUUCCAACCACUUCCGUUGCUUUUGUGACGUCACGCGCAUAAAUCAUAUCCAAAGGAGUUUUUCAACCGGAAGUGUGGCGGGAAUUUUAAAAUUGCACUUUAUAAGUUAACCCGGCCGUAUUGGCAUGUGUUGCAAUGUUAAGAUUUCAUCAUUGAUAUAUAAACUAUCAGACUGCGUGGUUGGUAGUAGUGGCUUUCAGUAGGCCUUUAAGUUAUUGUACAAAUGACUGAUGUGCAAAAAACAUUCCCUGCUCAUUUUCACACACAAUGUCAAACAUUUUAACAUUGUAUAGAAGGGUUCUGAUUUUUCUACAUUUCUGACAAUGCAUUGCCGUUGGCCAUAUUAGAAGGCUUCGUU